AUGUUGGGCAAUUCCUGGGGUCGUGGCCGUGUUAGCCAGGGCGGCGGCCGUGGCCGUGGCCGUGUGGCCGAGGUUGGCAGCGACGAUGUGGCCGGGCUAGGCGGUGAGCCCAUCAGCCAGGAUGUUGCUGCCUCCGCUGCACAACACACAGGCGUGAAGAAGACAUCAAAGAGAAAAGCUUCUGACACGGGUGAUUCAAUUGAAUGGACUGAUGCAAACACGAUGAUCAUAUGUUCGUUGUUUGCCAAACAAGUUAAGAAAGGGAAUAGACCGAACACUCAUUUGAACUCAGUAGGCUAUGAUGAGGUCAGCAAUGAAUUUUUCAACCUCACAACAAUUCGUUUGAUCAAGCGGCAAAUGAAGAACAAGCGGGAUAAGUUGAAGACCGAUUUAACGACUUGGAAGAAAUUAAUGAGGAAGCAAACGGGUGCGGGAUGGGACAGAGCAAGAGGUGUGAUUGAUAUGGAUGAUGAGUGGUGGAAGAAGACAAAGGUGGAUAUUCCAGGUUGCGGCAAGUUUCGAAAAAAAUCGUUGCAAAAUGAGGAGAACUUGACAGAAAGUGAGAGCGAUAGUGAUGACUCUAAUGAUGAAAGCGAGGUCUUUUGGAAUCUUAUGUUGGGUGCUGUAGAAAUUGCACAAAUAUAUGCUGACCUCUACCUUGUUAAAAACCCACCAAGGACAUCUGGUGUAAGUGGAACAGGAUGGCUGCUAGAGACAAUGAAAAGUCCUGGAGAAUGUCAUAGACAACUACGUAUGAACAAUGAAAUCUUUUUGGAUCUUCAUGGUAUGUUUGUGGGAAGGUAUGGGCUGCGACCUUCUAUGCACAUUAGCACAUAUGAGAUGCUUGCUAUGUUCCUAUACACAUGUGCUGGAAACGAGUCUAAUAGGAGAGCUCAAAAUAGAUUUAAGCAUUCUGGCGAAACUAUUAGUAGGAAAUUUGAUGAGGUUCUAAAUGCUUUGAUGGCUAUGGAGAAAGAUUACAUUCGACCAAAGAAUCCCAACUUCCCCACAGUCCAUAAAAGGAUAAGAGAUGACAAACGUGCAUAUCCACAUUUCAAAGAUUGCAUUGGUGCACUUGAUGGCACUCAUAUCCGUGUUGCUCUUUCACCUGAUGAGCAAGUGAGAUAUAUUGGAAAGACCGGGGUAGCCACUAAAAAUGUACUAGCAGUAUGCGACUUUGACAUGCGUUUCACUUAUGUUUCCACGGGACAACCUGGAGCUAUGCAUGAUACAAGUGUGUUGUACAAUGCACUCAGAGUGGAUCAAGAAUUUUUUCCACAUCCUCCACAAGGAAAAUACUACGUUGUGGAUGCGGGAUAUCCUAAUCGUCCUGGCUACCUCACUCCUUACAAGGGUGAAAGGAGGGAGAUUUGCUGUGGCCUUUUCCUUUUUUCUCAAGAUCUGUUCAUGCGUGUCAAGAAGAUGGGCAAGAAAUCGGAGAAAACCUUGGGAGAGGCCGCGGCCACCAGUAAGUUGAGAUCUAGAUCUAAGAAGGACAAGGAGCCCGAGUUGCCGGCGUCUAAGUGUGGCCCAACAAACCAGACUGCGCCGUCGCCUCCUGGGAUCACCUGGCAGCAUUCCGUGAUGAAGGAGCCGGCGGUCCAGGCUUUGGUUGACGCGAAGCUUCUUCAACCAAGGGUUCAACUCAUCGAGGCCUGCAUUCGGGAAUGCAUAGUAGUUUGA